AUGAAACGAGAAAAAUUAUUCGAAAAAUUUAGAAACAAAAGACACAGCUCUUAUGAACCUUUUACACACCGAAAUGAGGCGCUUAGGGAUCCUUUUUUGUCCAUCCAAGAAAGUUCAUCUACCGAGCCGCUUCUUUCUGAUCCGAUCAAACAUGGAACAUCUGAAACGAAAUCCCUUUCAAGAACAGGAUCGAAAAUUCUCAGAAGAGAUAUCUCGCGCAUGGUCCUUGAUACCGGUGGCGAUUAUAGAGUCAGUCAAAAGCUAUCGAAACAUGGUCCUUCAUAUCUCGGAACAUUGCGGGGAAAAGAUCUGGAGAUGGCAAAGCAGCUCUCCGAGCAUACCAGGCUUGUGGACAAAAAAGGGAGAAAUCAAGUCUCAUUCAAAGAUAUGGAGGAACAAUCUGCCAUGUAUAUGAAGGAUAUCUUCACGACAUUCGUUGAUGCUCAUUGGUACUAUGUCCUGAUAGCCUUUUUCGCUUCUUUCUUUGGGCUUUGGCUAUUAUUUGGUCUGUUUUACUGGGCAAUCGCCUGGCACCACAAUGAUAUCGAAGCUUAUAACAAUCCACAAAACUUCACCGAUCAUACCUCCUGUGUCGAUCAAGUCUUUGAUUUCACCACAGCCUUUCUCUUUGCGUUGGAAGGGCAGACAACAAUUGGUUAUGGCUUCAGGUCGACGACCGAAGAGUGCCCAAUUGCAAUUAUUCUUCAGUUCAUUCAGUUCCUCACUGCUAUCGCUUUGGAUUCGCUUGUUGUUACGAUUGUUUUUACUAAGCUCGCUCGACCAAAAUACCGCGCAAAGACUGUCGAGUUCUCAACAAAAGCGGUCAUUCUUGAACGCGACGGCCAAUUAUGCCUGAUCGUAAGGGCGUGUAACCUCCGCAACUCGCUGCUUAUAGAUGUCAAUGUAUCCGGCAAGCUUCUGAAAACGCGCAGAUCUCUUGAUGGCGAGUGGCUGGCGCUGGAAGAGCGAAAUGUGGAGUUCGCCAAUUCGAAUGUUUUAUUUUUAACGCAGCCUGUUGAUUAUGUACAUAUCAUCAACGAGGAAUCGCCACUGUAUGAGUUGUCUCAAGAAGUUCUCAGUUCAGGAGAGCCGCUAGAAUUGAUCGUUAUCAUGGCCGGAAUCGUGGAAGGAACAGGAAUGGCCUGCCAAGUUAGAACAUCUUACGUCUGCUCCGAGAUCCUCUGGGGACACCGUUUCGAGCCGGCAAUAACGAGGAAUAAAAAUAUUAACAAAUAUCAAGUUGAUUAUGAAAAGUUCAACAGCAUUAUUGAGAUUUCUCCACCAAUGUCGCCAAAGAGUGCGGAAGAGCGAGAUAACGAAGAAGAUGACGAAAUCGUCGACGAGGAAAAUGUAGUUAUCAACGAGAGCGACGAGUCUCCAGUAGGUUACUUCCCGGACAAUGUAAAAACUGUCUGCUGA